AUUAAAUACACCUCAACCUGUUCCCUUUUUCAAUCACUCACUUAUCCAUAGUUCCAAAUUAUUAUCAUGGACCAGCAAGAAACCUCCGAGCUCAAUACAGGGAACAACAACCGUCUCUUAAAUCGAUAUGGAAUAGUUCCUAGCAGAGGGAAGCUUCUUCAUCACCAGUUAGAAAGGAUGAAGUAUUUCGAUUCGGGCGAUUUUUCCCCUCAUGCAAGCUUAGAGAUCUUCUGAUAUCAGGACUGUCGCAACUGGUAGCGAACACCCCAUUCGACGGGAUAUAUCGAUCCCUACAUGUUCAGUAUCAGGCUCUAGCAAUCUCGAUGAAAGUACCGAUCAGUAUUUAUUAGCUGAGGAGAAGACUGGCGAGCUGAAGCUUACUGCCCAAAGUCACCUUCAACAAGAGACGGAAGCCCAGCGAGAGAACGAGCGUCGUGAAACAAAGCAGGAACAUAGCUUCUAGAUGUGGGCCGCCAUGGCUUAGGUAGCCGACCCGCCUGGUUAGGAAACAGAAACUUAAUAGCAUCAGAGGAUACCCAUCUGUUACAUGAGAGGGUUCAAUAUGCCGAGAACCCUAGCGCACUUUCAUCGCAAUAGAAAAUCUACAACUUACACAAA